AUGAGCCCGAGGUCACCGGAGGAAAAUACCCCUAAGUUCGUUGAAGGAGAAGUGAGCAAAGAUGUUGCCGACGAGCUCGGAAAUGUGUCGAAUGCCUUCGCGAAUGUCUGUUACCACGUUCAAAGUCGACUUCUCCCGUUUCUAUCUUCGGCUACUAGAGAAAGAGAUGGAGGUUUAGUGGAUCUACAAUCUGUCUUUAGACAAUUUUCAUUUGAAUAUAUUUGUAGAUUUUCUUUGGGUUUAGAUCUAAAUUCACCCGAAUUACCUUUUCAUAUUUCUCAAUUCUCUGAUUCGUUUGAUCUAGCCACAACAUUGUCGGCUAAGAGAGCUUUGUCUGCUUCUCCACUGAUAUGGAAGGCGAAUAGGAUACUGAAUAUGGGAUCGGAGAGAAAGCUCAAAGAAGCAGUUCAAAAUGUUAACUUUCUUAUAGAGCAAGUCAUUAAUCAAAAGAAGAAAGUUGGGUUUACAAAGAACCAGGACCUUUUAUCAAGAUUCAUGGUGGUAUCCGACGACCACACCUUUCUUAGAGAUGUGAUCAUAAACUUCGUUCUUGCAGGACGAGAUACAGUUGCCUCAGCCUUAACAAGUUUCUUUUGGCUAAUCUUAAACCAUCCAGAAGUCGAGUCCAAAAUAAGGCUUGAACUUGAUCAACUGGUGAAUGAGAAUCAAGAAUUUGCAACGUUCGAACAAGUGAAAAAGCUGGACUAUCUUCAAGCUGCAAUAUACGAAAGCAUGCGACUCUACCCGCCGAUUCAGUUUGACUCCAAAUUCGCAGUUGAAGACGAUAGAUUACCCGAUGGAACCUUGGUUAAAAAGGGAACGAGGGUCACAUUCCAUCCAUAUGCAAUGGGUCGGAUGGAAACCAUAUGGGGCAAGGAUUGCAAGGAGUUUAAACCGGAAAGGUGGUUGAAGGGUGGGAUCUUCAAUCAAGAAAGUCCAUUUAAGUACCCAGUUUAAGCCGGGUUAAGGGCUUGUUUGGGGAAGGAAAUGGCAUUGAUGGAAAUGAAAACGGUGGUACUAUGUUUGUUACCCCGGUUUAGCUUUAGACUUGUAAACUCGGAUGGUGAACUUCAGUUUGAACCGGCGUUAACGGCCACUGUGAGAAUGGGGCUUCCAGUCAUUGUUAGCGAGAGAAAUCAUGUUGCAAGUCAUUGAUUUUUCUUUCUUUAAAAUAUAUAAUCCAUCUUUUAUAAUCCA